AUGGUGACAUCAGAACCUGUGGAAGGAGAAUGUACCAAAACUAGAGCUGAGCAGAGAUACGGUACAUUAAUAAACCAAAUGAAACUGAAGGAUCAAUCUAGGUUGGGGAAAUUAGAUGUGCAGAAUGAAAUCUUGCGUAUAAUGAAGUUAAAACCAACGUUGGAUAUGGAGAUUGAGAGAAAUGCUGAGGACUUGUAUUGGUUUGUUGAACACAACAAUAGCAUGAUGCCAAGAAAUGAACAAGGUUUUCCUAGGUUUCUAAGGUGGAUAAUAAGUGACAUCAACAAUACAAUAGAGAAAGACAUUAAUGAAGCUAUGAAAAAGCUUGUGAGCUUCAUUGAAGAAAAAAGCAAAAAACUUUAUGAAGCUGAUGCAAGGAAUGUGCAAGAUGAUAAGGAUCUUGUUGAUUUGUUUGUUGACUCCUUGCAAGAAAUCAUUUCAUUUAACAAAGAAUUAAAAAGUGACGAUGAACGUGAUGAUGAUGAGAAAAAGGAGGAGGAAGGUGAGAAAGGUGAGAAAAGUGGCAAAGUUGAUGAUGUGGAUGACAGUGAUGAUAUUGAUGAUGAUGAGGAAGGUGAGAAAGGCAAGAUAAGUGGCAAAGCUGGUGAUCUGGAUGGCAGUUAUAAGGAGUAG